ACUAAAUUCCCGUUGCUUGUAGCUGUUUCUUCAUCAAUUUCCAAUCCCAAAAAUGGCUACACAAGCAUUGCUCUCUUCUUCAUCCAUCUCCACCUCCGCCGAGCUCGCAAGGCAAAUCCUUGGCGCAACGCCCCUCCGCUCCUCGAGGAAAGUUUCCUUCCUCGUCAAGGCCGCUUCCACUCCUCCCGUCAAGCAAGGAGCUAACCGCCAACUCUGGUUCGCAUCCCAACAAAGCCUCUCCUACUUGGAUGGAAGCCUCCCCGGCGACUACGGGUUCGACCCGUUGGGCCUGUCGGACCCGGAAGGCACCGGAGGGUUCAUCGAGCCCAAAUGGCUAGCCUACGGCGAGAUCAUCAACGGGCGUUUCGCCAUGCUUGGGGCGGCCGGGUCAAUUGCUCCCGAGAUCCUCGGCAAGGCCGGCCUGAUCCCUCAGGAAACCGCCCUUCCGUGGUUCCAGACAGGAGUGAUUCCCCCGGCCGGGACCUACAACUACUGGGCCGACAACUACACCUUGUUCGUCCUUGAGAUGGCGCUCAUGGGGUUCGCGGAGCACAGGAGGUUACAGGACUGGUACAAUCCGGGCUCCAUGGGGAAGCAGUACUUCCUGGGGCUGGAGAAGGGGCUUGGGGGUUCAGGCAACCCAGCCUACCCUGGCGGCCCCUUCUUCAACCCCUUAGGGUUCGGGAAGGACGAAAAGUCCUUGAAUGACUUGAAGCUGAAGGAAGUGAAGAACGGAAGGCUAGCCAUGCUGGCAAUCCUGGGCUACUUUGUCCAGGCUUUGGUCACCGGGGUCGGCCCGUACCAGAACCUCCUGGAUCAUCUGGCCGACCCGGUGAACAACAAUGUCCUCACCAGCCUCAAGUUUCACUAAGCUUUGCUAUAAUUUAUUUUGUGAAUUGUGAAAUGAGACUACUUUUAUUUCAA